AUGUCCGCGGCGGCCGCAACGUUUCCCGUGACGCGCGCGCGCGUGGACCCCCGACGCAAGGUGGGUCUGGCAAACGCGGUGGCGCAGGGCAGGCUGCUGUACCACGUGGGCAUCAUGAGCGAGAGUGAGCUCGACGCCAUACGGCGCAUUGCGAACGAAGACGGGGGUGCGUACGACGCCUACCGGCGACAGGAAGACGCGCGUCGGCGGGAGGCCUCCGCGGCGCGCACCGCCUUGUGGCCGGACACAAUUCAAGCGAAACAAGAGGCGUUUCUUCGCCGGCGCAAAGAUGAUAAGCUGGAGGAGGAGCGUCGUGCGAACCUCCUCCUGGAGUUGGAGGCGCAGCAGCAGGCGGAGGAGCGGCGGCAGCGAAAGGCUCAACUCGCCUUGAAGUAUUUGAAGGAGGACCCACGCGGUCGCAAUGUGCGUAGUGUGACGAUGCUGCACGAGGCGAUAAAGGACCGUGAGGCACAGAUAGCCUUUAAAAAUGAGCUUAAGCGACAGGAGGAAGAGAAUGCAAAGGAUGAGCAAGAGGCGUUACUCCGCGAGCAGGGCGAAGACCGCCUAAAAGAGCAGCAGGAGAAGUUUGCGCAACGCUCUCGCAACGUAGCGGAGAAAAAUUCGCACCUGCAGCAGAUGCUCUUUCAGAUUGCGGAGCGAAAGAGGGUACGAGCCGAAGAGAAGCAGAUGCGCGCGGACUUGAAUCGCGGGGCGGAAGAGGAGGUCCAGGACAAUCUUGAGGAGGCAAGGGCGCGGCGAGAAAAGAUGGCUGUCGUGCAUGAGUACAACCGUAGUAUCGCCAAGCCGCCGCUCACCAAACACGACAGACUCCGUCAGCGUAUUCAGCGCGAGGCAGGGGACGACGCCGCACGCGCGCUUCAAGAAGAGAAGGUUGACGCCAUGAAGCGAGCUCCAAUGGAACGGCUGAGGAUGAAGCAGCAGUGGUUUGAGAAGUGCAAGGAGCAAGCACACCUUGCCUUUACGAAGGAAAGAGAGGCAAUGCGGCAUAAGGAGCGUACCCAAGAUGUAUUUGAAGAACGUGGCACGAGCAUGACAGCAAAUAUGGCUGCUGAUGAGGAGCGCAGAAAGCAGGAGGCGUUGGAGGAGCGGCGGCGUCGCAGGGAAGAGUUUCUGCGCGUAACGAAUGGUGAGGUGGAGGAGCUGCCGGAAGGAGUACGACGGGCGGCAACGCACCGCGCCGGAUUCAUGAGCGAAGCGGAGGCACAAGAGUACCAGAAGGAGAUGCAAACCCAUCCAGCACGCGUAUUGGCAGAGCAAAAGGCAGAAGCAGCGAAGAGGCGCGAAAAGGCGGAGCUGCUGCAGCGCAUUCAUCGCCUACAGGCGUCGGAGAAGAAGGAGAAUGAGCGACGCGAGGCGGAGGAAUUGGUAGAGGCUAGACGACGUCAAAAAGAGGCGAUGGAGGAAGACGACGAACGCUACCGCUCGUACGUCAAGUCGCAGCUCCCCCCCGACAUGGACCCGUAUUUGUACGCAAAGGCCAUGCACCUACACUCUUAA